CACACACACACACACACACACACACACACACACACACACACACACACACACACACACACACACACACACACACACCUCCAGCCAGUGCGCCUGCUGACCCACUAGUGACGGGGAAUCCUCCACGCUGCUCCGCCGUGCACUUGUCAUCACAACCGAGGUGAUUGAAACUUGACCUGGAUCUCUGGCUAUGUGAGGAAUAACCUUCCCUGCAGGAUACUCUGAAUCCAGAGCCACCAAAUCCCCUUUGUGCCAACACAGAGAGGGGAUUUUCAGUUUGCACUGUGCUGGCCGGAGUCCAGCUCCUCCACCAAGGCUGCUCGGAAGUUAACAGCCAAAUACAAGAAAAAAAAAAAACUGUUUACACAGACUCACCACGCUACCUCUUUUAUCUUUACCUCUUUUCUUCCCCUUCUAUCCUGGCUACUCAUUAUUUGCCUCUUCUUUCCUGUCCUCGAGGGAGCUCUUAUCCCAUUAACCGGACCUAUCGGCUCAUUUUGCCACCCGUUUAUACAUCUCCAAAAUGAACUCCUCUACCUCCAUUACGUCCCUGUUCUCCUUCACCAGCCCGGCGGUGAAGCGGCUGCUUGGCUGGAAACAAGGGGAUGAGGAGGAGAAAUGGGCAGAAAAGGCUGUAGAUUCUCUAGUGAAGAAGCUAAAGAAGAAGAAGGGUGCGAUGGAGGAGCUGGAGAGAGCGCUCAGCUGUCCCGGCCAGCCCAGUAAAUGCGUGACGAUCCCGCGGUCGCUGGACGGGAGGCUGCAGGUUUCCCACAGGAAGGGUCUUCCUCACGUCAUCUACUGCCGGGUGUGGCGCUGGCCCGACCUGCAGUCCCACCACGAGCUGAAGGCCCUGGAGUGCUGCGAGUUCCCCUUCGGCUCCAAGCAGAAGGACAUCUGCGUCAACCCGUACCACUACCGGCGCGUGGAGACUCCAGUGCUGCCACCGGUUCUGGUCCCGCGCCACAGCGAGUUCAACCCCCAGCACAGCCUGCUGGCCAAGUUCAGGAAUGCGUCCCUGCACAACGAGCCUCUGAUGCCCCAGAACGCCACCUACCCAGACUCCUUCCCUCCACUGCCCGGCUCCUCCUUCUCCUCCUCCCCUACCUCUUCCCUGACCCAGUCCCCCACAUCACAGAGUUACCCCGACUCCCCCAACAGCUCUGCAGAACCUGGAAGUCCGUAUCACAUCACCGCGGAGACUCCUCCACCUCCCUACAGCAUGAUGGAGACGACCCCUCCGGAGGACGUGAAGCCAAGCAACUCCACAGAAACCACUAAACUCACCUUUUCUGCUCCACACAGAGAUUUAAGGCCCGUGUGUUACGAAGAGCCCGAGUACUGGUGCUCCAUAGCUUACUAUGAGCUCAACAACCGGGUGGGGGAGACUUUCCACGCCUCGUCCCGCAGCGUGCUGGUGGACGGCUUCACGGACCCCUCCAACAACAAGAACCGCUUCUGCCUCGGCCUGCUCUCCAACGUCAACCGCAACUCCACCAUCGAGCACACUCGCAGGCACAUAGGCAAAGGUUUACACCUGUACUACGUGGGCGGGGAGGUGUAUGCAGAAUGCCUGAGUGACAGCAGCAUCUUCGUCCAGAGCCGCAACUGUAAUUUCCAGCACGGCUUCCACCCGACCACCGUGUGCAAGAUCCCCAGCGGCUGCAGCCUGAAGAUCUUCAACAACCAGCUGUUUGCUCAGCUCCUCGCCCAGUCCGUCAACCACGGCUUUGAGGUGGUCUACGAGCUCACCAAGAUGUGCACCAUCCGCAUGAGUUUCGUUAAGGGCUGGGGGGCAGAAUACCACCGCCAGGACGUGACCAGCACCCCCUGCUGGAUAGAAGUGCACCUGCACGGCCCUCUGCAGUGGCUGGACAAGGUGCUGACGCAGAUGGGCUCGCCACACAACCCCAUCUCCUCCGUGUCAUAACCUCCACGCACGCCGAUCUGAGCGUGUGCUCAGUGUUUUCACACAGGUAGUCCUAGAUUCUGUACAUCUGUUUCCUGUCCUACAGAUCGUUUACUCCACAUCUUGCAUAAAAAGGACAAACUAAUGUAUUAAUGCUCGUUACUUCGUGGGACGCAACUGAAACACAAACGACUGAAUUUCCUUCGGCUUUAAAGUUGUCCUUCAUUUCAGUAUGGUGAUCUUUUUUUUUUACUUCCCCUCAUCUGUUUUCAGUAAACUACAUGAGAGCAGAAAAAUGGGAUAUAUUUACAGGUACUCAGAAAUGAAUGUGAUUAUAAUCAUGUGUAAAUGUAUUUCCAUGUGUAUUAACCAAUGUAUGUAUAAAUGUACUGGUUGCUUUUUACUUGUUCCUUUAAACUUGUUUCUCCCCAUGAACUGCAUUUUUCCUCAUUAAAAAAAAGAAGAAGCCAAA